GCCCUCCUCCUCCUCCUCCUCCUCCUCCUCCUCCAGCUGCACAGAGGAGCUGCUGCUGCCUGUCACACUGACCGAGGACCGACAAACUCCACACGGCCACUCAGGACCAGGAGUGACGGAACACACCGAACGGAAGGAGAUACUGGACUCGGGCUGGAGACAUGAGACUGGGCAUGACGGCGCGGGCCAAGCUGAGGGUGUAGCCACAUCUGGCAGCGAGCGCGGAAGCAAGCAGGAGCCCUCAGCACACCGAAGCACCCACUGCAGCGGGCAAGAUGGGAGAGACGAAGGAGGAGACGGACAAUGUGGGGAAGCAGUUUGAGAACUUUGUUCAGGCCUCGACCUGUAAAGGAACCAUUCAAGCCUUCAACGUCCUCUGCAGACGGCUAGACCUCGACCCUGCAGACAACAGCACCUUCUACAGCAGCCUGAGGGCAAAGGUCACCACCUGGAAGGCCAACGCACUGUGGAGUAAGCUGGACAAGAGGAUGUCCCACAAAGAGUACCAGAAGGGCCAAGCCUGUGUGGGCACCAAGUGCCUUAUCAUCGGAGGAGGUCCCUGCGGCCUGCGGACAGCCAUCGAGCUCGCCUUGAUGGGCGCUAAAGUGGUGGUGAUUGAGAAGAGGGACUCGUUCUCCAGGAACAAUGUGCUGCACCUUUGGCCCUACACCAUCCAUGACCUGCGCGGCCUGGGAGCCAAAAAGUUCUAUGGCAAAUUCUGUGCCGGGGCCAUUGACCACAUCAGCAUUCAGCAGCUGCAGCUGAUGCUCCUGAAAGUCGCGCUCCUCGUCGCUGUGGAGUUUCACGUCAACGUGGAGUUCGUCAAGCUGCUGGAGCCUCCAGAGGACCAGGAAAAAGAAGUGAUUGGAUGGAGGGCUGCAAUACGACCUGCUGAUCACCCUGUGGCUAGCUUUGACUUUGAUGUCGUUGUGGGGGCUGACGGACGCAGGAACACUCUGGAAGGUUUCAAACGGAAGGAGUUCAGGGGUAAACUGGCCAUCGCCAUCACAGCUAACUUCAUCAACAGGAACACCACAGCAGAGGCCAAAGUCGAGGAGAUCAGUGGCGUGGCUUUCAUCUUCAACCAGAAGUUCUUUCUUGACCUCAAAGAAGAAACGGGUAUCGAUCUGGAGAACAUUGUCUACUACAGGGACAACACGCAUUACUUUGUCAUGACUGCCAAGAAACAGAGUCUGCUGGACAAGGGAGUGCUCAUUAAUGAUUACAUAGACACCCAAAUGCUGCUUAGCACUGAGAAUGUCAACCAGGAAGCACUUCUGUGCUACGCCCGAGAGGCUGCUGACUUUGGCACCAACUACCAACUUCCUACGCUGGAUUUUGCCAUGAACCACUGCGGGCAGCCAGACGUGGCGAUGUUUGACUUCACAAGCAUGUACGCCUCAGAGAACGCCGCUCUGGUCAGAGAGCGGUUCGGACACCAGCUGCUGGAGGCGCUGGUUGGCGACAGUCUCGUAGAGCCCUUCUGGCCGAUGGGGACAGGUUGUGCUAGAGGCUUCCUGGCUGCCUUCGACUCAGCGUGGAUGGUAAAGAGCUGGGCUCAGGGUCAGACAGCCCUCGAGGUGCUGGCAGAGAGAGAGAGUAUUUACAGACUACUUCCUCAGACGACACCAGAAAACAUUGCCAAAAACUUUGACCAGUACACCAUCGACCCUGGGACGCGAUACCCCAACCUCAACUCCUCCUGUGUCAGACCCCACCAGGUGCGUCACCUGUACAUCAGUGCAGAGCUGAAUACCUGCUCCCUGGAGCGGGCUGCCACCAUACGACGACCUGUCAAUCUCAGCAGGCGAGAGUCGGAGAUCAGACCAGCAAGGCUUCUUACCUGGUGCCAGAAACAGACCGAGGGCUACAGGAAUGUGACGAUCACAGACCUGACGUCUUCUUGGCAAAGCGGCCUCGCCCUCUGUGCCCUCAUCCACAGGUUCAAACCUCAGCUGAUAGAUUUUGAUUCAUUAAAUGAAGAAUACCAUGCUGCAAACCUCCAGCUGGCUUUCGACAUCAGUGAGCGGGAGUUCGGGAUCUGCUCGUUCACGUCUGUGAAGGAGCAGAGUGCUGGUGAGGAGCUGGAUAAGACCCGGAUGAUCGCAUACCUGUCCAAGUUCUACGAGCUGUUCCGUGGAACACCUCUACCUGCAUCAGGGUCCAGAGCAGUAGAUGAAAACAAUGAAGAAUAUCCAUCUAAAGAAGUCAGAAGUAAAAAUAAUGUCCUCAAUAUGGCAGUUCCUAGGAAACGGGUUCCAAAGGAUGAAAAGAGGUCAGACGGAACAGACCCCACUUACAAAAGGAGGCGAAAGUUCAGUUAUUUCGAGGAGGCCACCAAUCUGUCCAGUAAUGGCUCCUCAGUGCGAGAGGGGCAGGAACCUAAGGAAAAUAAAGUGCGCUCCAUUUCUACUCAGUUGCUUGCCAAAUUUGAAAACAAACCCAGCCACGCAGUCCGCAGAACACAGUUUGAUUGUGAGACGUCUUCCUCACUGCAAACUCUCGACCUGACUGAGAGUCUGCGCCUUAAACUCAGGCCUGUGGUUCCACCCAAACCUUCUCCUGAGACACAGUUUGAAUUUAGUAUCAGAAGAGCUGCAGAGCAGUUAGUCCGCCUGCCGACAAAGACUCUGCCCGAACCUCAGCUCCAGCCCCAGCAUCCAUUUUCCACAGUGAAGCUCAGACACGUUGAUCAAACACACGCUGAGACGAAGGCCGAGCCUCCGCCUGAGAGUGCAGACCCCCCUGCUUCUUCUUCUUCUUCUUCUUCUUGCCACUCAGCCAUCCAUUUCAUGUCAAGAGUCCUCCAGCGCCUCAGGGAGGUGGAUGAACACGUCUCUGAGAAAAAAGCUCAGACACAACAGACUAGAGAGUUUCACACAAAGAGUAUAAAGGACAAAGCCAUGCAUCUUAGAGGGUUGUUCUCAGGAGACGGUUCUGCUGAACUCAAGAGCUGCUCCGUUCGACGCUCGUUCCCCCAGUCGGGUGACAAGUGUCACUCAUGCGAGCGGCGUGUUUACAUGGUGGAGCGGGUCAGUGCCGAGGGGCUGUUCUUCCACAGGGAGUGUUUUCGCUGUUCCACCUGCAGCUCAGCUCUGCGACAGGGAGCGCACGCCUUCGACUCUGAGCAGGGGAAAUUGUACUGCAAACUCCAUUUUGAUCAACGCAACACCGGGACACAUCUACGCAGGAGUUUAUCUCUCCGUUCUAAUCCUACUGGAGUUGGAGUUCCGGAGCGACGUGCCGCUGAAGGAGAGAGCUCUCAGUCCAGCAGCACAGCAGACCUGCCGAGUCGACCCGCAGCAGGUACCUUCAGCUCGUUCAUUAGGAAACGGCUGAGCUGGCCCCUGAGUGUGACUCGCACGGUGUGUAACGCCCCCUGGUAUCUGUCCCGCUGUGUGCGUAGCACGGCACAGGCCCUCGCCGGCCACAUGAGGGCCAACGCCCAGGACUAUACAUUCCUCUUUGAGCUACUGAGCAUGAGUUUGCCCCUGCUGUUUGUUUUACAAGAGGUACUGCUGCAGAUGCACACAGAGGCCAUGCCUUACGGGCCAAGCUCUUUACAGCCUCUACUGCUGUGGCUGCGGGAGCAUGUAGGCACCAGCCUCAUCUAGACACCCAGUGGAGCCCAGCUGUUAAUCCCUAACCCUGAACAUCACCACCAAACCAAAUCUGAGGCUGAGCUGCACCUUAGCUGAACUGUUCUCGUCUUGCUGUCAUUUAAAGCCGGACACAAGCACCUUUUUAAUGUUUACUAUUGUUUAAUUUGCUCCCGGUGUGUUGAACGUACUUUGCCAUCAGCCGAAGAAGAGACAACUUUUUGCAGUUUACUACCGGAGGCUGCUGCAGUGUGUCACAUAGCUGGAAGCAGAGACAUGUUUGCAGUGUUUAGAUGUGCACUGGUUUAAUAUAGAUGAUCUUCUUUAGAUAAUUAGUAAUCAAAAGGCAAAUCAAAAUGAAACCGGCCCAGUCCGUGCCUUAAAGACUUGAGACUGCUGAAAUGUCUGAUCGUCAUUGCUGUAGAAUCUAACCUUUUACAAACUGCCCUGAAAACCAGGCGCCUGCAGUGAAAGUUUUCUGAACUCGGUUUACGACUGACUGACUGACUUGAUGCACUUUAUGUUGGGGAACUGCCUUGUGGACGGAGCAGGAAACGCUCACAGUGGAUAAAAGCCUGGUCUCAUGUUAACGCAGUCAGGUCUUCCUUUGACUACACAUAUGUGCUGCUGCCAUAUGUUUUAUUUUAAUACAGUAUAUAUGCAACACAAUUUUUUACCUUUACUUUAAUGAACUGUUUGUGUGGAUUUUUUUCUUUUUUAAUGGAUGACUCUUAAAAAACCUCACAAAUGCAUUCGAAACUAGGGACUGAGUAUUUGGUUCUACUUUGCUGCCAUCUACUGUUGACGGAGAAAAUGAGGCAUGAAGGCAAAAUGAACCCCUCCUCCCCCCCAUCCCCACCCCCACCGUAUAACGAGACAAACGUUAUGUUUUAAUUAACAGAUUGAUGAAUUACUUUCAGAUUUACUGUAGACAGUAGAAGAUGGUGAGCCUGCUGUGAUGUGUUUGAAUGUGCUUGCCACGCUUGCCAUACUUUUUAAAGCAAGUUGUUGGAAGAUCAACUGCAAACCUCUGACUGGAAGCCUCACCGAAGCUUCCUAUGCAUUCACACUAUCUCUUGUCCAACGAUGCUUGUGAAGCACUUAAGAGUUGCAGAGUGUGUGUUUAACUUAAAUAACCAUUUGAACAUGAUAUUUGCAGAGACUUCAGGCAUUUGUUGUGUUAACAGCAUGAUGUGUUGGAUAUGCAAUAUGUUGCUUGUGGUUUGUUGUCUGCUACCUAGUGUUCCGUGUCGAUUUGACUGAAUCUGCAGGAAAACUGAGAUACAUGAUUUGUGCAGUGCAGGUGGACAACUUCAGUGUUUUGAAAUACCAAAGAACUGUGUUUACACACACUAGACGUGUUAACAUGGACACCAGUGUUCUGUAACCAGAUUAAGACAUAAGUCGGAAUAAGAAACUGCUGUGUAAACAACAUUAAACAGGAAUAAGCAAUGAUCUAAUUAAGACCUGGAGUAUUCCAACCUUACACAAACAUGAAAUGUCUUAUUGGAGAUUUCAGUGUUUUGCAACAUCAACAUUCGUCAGUUAACAUCGACUCGACGACCCGUGCGCUGGGUUCAAGUGUCGUAAUGGCCUGCGUCACAAUCUGAUUCUCUGCUGUGUAACUUGAAAACAGGAAUACUCUAUUAACAACUCAUGUGAACAUCGUAAUUGAGAUAAUGUAUGUCUUAUUCAGAAUAAGGGAAAUAGUCAGAUUAUUGGUGUCCGUGUCAACAUAGUCACUUACUGGACUUGUAAUAGUUCCACCUCUGUUUAACAAGACCACAGUAACAUGUACAAUGCUGCCAACAUGCAAAUGUCUUCAUUGUGAAUGUCAGUUUUGUUGUUUUGUUUUCAUAAACUUUUUUCUACUUUGUU